CAACCCUAAACCUAUUUGGUUUUAGUUAGCUAUUUAAGAAUUCAUCUAUGCGCCGCUGACGCUCUUCAGCCAUAUUCCUCAUUUCCUCUAGGGUUCUGUCUCCGCUUCGAUGGGGAAGGGUACGGGAAGCUUCGGUAAGAGGAGGAACAAGACCCACACUCUCUGUGUGAGGUGUGGCCGACGCAGCUUUCACCUCCAGAAGAGUCGCUGUGCCGCCUGCGCUUUCCCUGCCGCUCGCAAGAGGAAGUAUAACUGGAGCGUGAAGGCGAUCCGUAGAAAGACCACUGGAACCGGCAGGAUGAGGUACUUGCGAAAUGUGCCUCACAGAUUCAAGAGUGGAUUCAGAGAAGGUACCCAAGCGGCACCCAGGAAGAAGGGAGCAGCUGCCACUGCUUAAGUCAUUGGUAGAUUGGGUCUAGCUCUUGGAACAUUCCUCUUGAUUUUUCAGUCUCAUUGCUUUGUCUUUUUAUUUCUUUUAAUUCGUAGUUGUCAUAAAUUUGAACAAGAUCGGGAGAUGUUUUGACUGUUCAAUGAGAGGUUAUGAGAUAUGUAUUUUUUACUUACAUCAGUUAUCAUUGCGGAAACUCAGUGACAACCAUUUUGGCAUAUGAAGAUUUGUUACAUAGUGAUCUAUGAAAAGUAUCAACUUUUGUUAUUAUGGCA